CGCGAACUCCAUCUCCCUGUUUGUUCCCAACUCCUCAUCGCUCGUUCCUCAUUAAUCCCUUCUCUCCAUCCGCUCCAUCGCCUUGCCAUCUAUCGUCUAUCUCCCCUACCUCCCUAUCUAAAUCCCCUCUACGAAUACGUACCAUUCUUGGGUGAUUCUUCUCGUUUAUUUUAUUUUUUAUUUUUUCAACCCUCUUCUGAUCGGGAUUAGUCCACUUGUCAACCUCCCCGUUGGUUUUAAUACUUUCUCCCUCCCUCCCCUUACCAAAUCUACGCCUAGUCUCUCGUUAUCUUCGAUUAUCCAGCGCAGUCUCCGGUCGGAUCAGUCUAUUUUCUUUUUUUUUUUUCCUUUCUCGACUGCCUGGAAUACCGGAGGGCAUUCUACUAGUAAUCACCACACCGGCAGAGAUUUCUCACAAUGGCGACUCUUGCGGAACAUCCGGCGGUCGCCCCGUCCUACGACCAAGACAUCGACACCUUCCUCAACCUCGACCAGCUCACUUACACAGAACCGUCCCGACCUAAGGCUGCUUUGACUAGUCAACCUACUCUUCCGAGCACGGAAUUCACUGCCGGCGAUGUCCGGAGCGCCAGCUUUGCCUCGAGCAGUCAAUCACCGAUCGCCUUCCAAGGCCCCAGCCAUCAAUAUGAUGAACACAAGCAGCAGACCGGUCUGCCGCCAGGAGCCCUGGCCCAGGCGAUGACCUUCAACCACAUGAACGGCAUGAAUCUGGGUGGUUCCAGCCCCGGAUUCGCGAUGAACGGAGACAUGUAUGCCGGCGCUCAACUGAAGCGCGAAGAUGCCCCCCUGGACUUCAACGCCGUCCCCGUCCGCAACCCCUCAGAAAUGGACCUGGAGUCCGACAACAUGGGUGCUGUCCCUGCCUAUUUCUUUUCUCCCAACCCCAACAAGAGCCAGUUUGUCGACCCGAGCGCCCUGGGCGGCCAAGAAGUCGCUUCCGCUGGCCAGUCCACCCAGGUGGGCCGCAUGUACCCCGGAAUGCACCAGCAGCAGGCUGCGAUGGCCAAGGCUGCUCAGCAGCAGAAACACCACCACAUGCUCCGGCAGCAGCAACAGCAACAACGCCGGGUGGAGGAGCCAAUGCCGCAAGCAGUUCAGCAACCCCAACCUCGUGCCUCUAACCCUGUCGUGGAGGAGCGCAUCUCGCGCCUCCUGCAGCAGAUGAGACAGAAUGCUAUGGGAUCCCCUGACGAUUCCCCGUCCCCGUCUUCUCUGCCCCAGAUGGCCAAGUCGAAGAAGGAUGAACAAGACAUGGAUGAGGACGAGCGACUGCUUGCCAGCGAGGAGGGAAAGAAACUCAGCAGCAAGGAACGCCGUCAGCUCCGCAACAAAGUUUCUGCCCGCGCUUUCCGAUCGCGAAGAAAGGAAUACAUUGGCCAGCUCGAGAGCGAAGUUGCGGCCAGGACCAACGAGGCCCACGAUCUUCGCAUGCAAAACCGUGCUCUUUUUGAAGAAAACGCCCGUUUGACGGAUCUUGCCCACAUGCUCCUGUCGUCUCCGAACUUCUCUCAGUUCCUUGAUGAGCAAGGCAUCAACGGCCUACCCACGUCCAACCAGCCCCAGCAGCAGUCCCAGUCGCAACAGCAACAGGCGCAGCCUCAAGCGCAACAGCAGCCUCCCACGAUGUCGCAGCCGCCGAUGCAGGCUAGUCUUCCCAAGGAGACCCCUCCGACCCACUCGCCACAGGACUACCCCAUGCAACAGAACCCCCAGAUGGUCAUGGUCCCCAACCAAGGAUUGGACGUCUCUGCUAUGGGCUUGAACAACGGUGGUUGGAAUUCUGGCAUUGACAUGAACUAUGCCAACACGCCCAUCUUUGCUGUCUUCGAAGUCCCUGAGCCUCCUGUCAUGGACACGGAGAUCUUGUCCGGCAAGGGAUCUCCUCUUGGAUCGCUUCUCCCGGAGACCGCUAGCAACAAGGAGGAGGCGCCCGUUCUGGAAUGCCCACCGGUGACUGAGCAGCCCCAGGCGCCUGGUGUUGGCGUGGAAAACCCGGAUGUUGAAAUUGAUGAAUCCGAUCCCGCAUUCGCUCUGUUCGCAGACUUGCCGACAUCUGUCCCUGAGUCGUCGGAUAAGCCUUUCGAAGGCGUUACUUCCGACAAGUCAGAGCCUGUUUUCGAGCUCAUUGUUGAAAACGAGUCGAAGGCUACUGCUCAGCGUUUCGCUCACUUUUGCCACAGCAUGGAAGCCUCAUUCCAGCGUGUCUCCAUGUUCACUUCGCAUCUUUCAUGAUUCCCCCUUCUGUCUGAGUGAACAAUUUCCCGCCUGUAAAGAAAGUUCUUGUUAUGUUUUUUAUUUUUUUUAUUUUUUUUAUUUUUUUUUUAAAUGUUCUAGAUACCUGAACAUGAGUCCUUCGUGUAGACACCAAUAUGCCUUUCCUUUGUUCAUGAGCCUGUGACUGUAUAUUGCGUCGUCGCUUAAAUCUGCCUGGUCUGUUGGCUUCAC